CCAAUAGCAUUUAUUGUCUUUGCAGCAAGACCAAACGAAGGAAGAGAGACUCACUCAAUCCAACUACAUACACAUUCGGGUGUCUCCACACGUUCUGACAUCCUCAUCCAGGAUUUGAGGUUAGACCAAGGUUGGGACACCCCUCAUAUCAUCAGGUUCCACACACCGUGAUUGUGAAAGAAAGGAACGAGCUUUUUGUGAGUGGCGUGUAAUCUGAGAAAAAUGAUGUGGGCCCAGAUUUGCAUGCUUUUGGUCGCAUUCAGUUGGGGAGAGGCCACCAAACGGCCUCAUAUUAUUAUGAUUGUGGCAGACGACUUGGGUUGGAAUGACGUUGGUUUUCAUGGCUCCAAUCAGAUUCCCACGCCCAACAUAGAUGCUUUGGCUUACAGUGGCACAAUCCUUCACAAUUACUACGUCAACCCAAUCUGCACACCAUCCCGAAGUGCUCUCAUGACCGGCCUCCAUCCCAUUCACACAGGGUUGCAAAGUGGCGUGUUGGUUGGUGCCGCUCCCUACGCCUUGCCUUUGUCACACAAGUUGAUGCCCGAAUUUUUGGCCUCCCAUCUGGGUUACGCCACUCAUGGGGUAGGGAAAUGGCACUUAGGCAGCCAUCGAGCGGCUUACACGCCUACCAAACGGGGCUUUCUCUCUCAUGUCGGAUAUUGGACGGGUCAUGAAGAUUACUACGAUCACACAGCCCAAGAGUUAUAUCAGCCUGUGAACGGCUGGGGCUACGACUUCCGACGGAAUAUGAGUGUGGCGUGGGAAGACUUUGGCAAUUAUGCCACGGACAUUUUCACGAACGAAGCACUCGAUGUAAUCCACCAUCACAAUGUGAGCCAACCUUUGUUCUUGUACUUGGCACACCUGGCCGUCCAUUCAGCCAACACUUACCAACCUCUCCAAGCUCCGAGUGAAGUCGUGGAAAAGUUCUCGUACAUUAGUGAUAAGAAUCGGAGGACAUUUGCUGGAAUGCUUUACAAGUUGGACGAGUCCGUGGGGAGAGUGGUGAAAUUGCUUCAAGACAGACAAAUGCUUCAAGAUUCUAUCAUUGUCUUUACCACCGACAACGGGGGACCAGCGGGAGGAUUUGAUGUGAAUUGGGCCUCCAACUGGCCCUUACGAGGAGUGAAGGACACCCUUUGGGAAGGAGGAGUACGAGGAGCGGGCUUCAUUUGGAGUCCUUUGCUCAAGAUGAAAUCUCGCGUCUCCAAUCAAAUGAUGAACAUUCAAGAUUGGCUGCCCACCCUCUACAAAGGGGCAGGUGGCAAUCCAAAUGAUUUGCCUAUGUUGGAUGGUAUGAAUUUGUGGGAUUCGCUCUCUGAGGACUCGGCGUCCCCUCGGAAUUUGAUGCUUCACAAUAUCGAUGAUAAGAGGUCAAUCGCCUCUCUCAGAGUCGCAGAAUGGAAAUUCACUCGAGGCUCAAGUUACGGCGGCAAAUGGGACAAAUGGUUCGGACCCACUGGACGAACCGGGGACUACAACGUAUCCUUGGUUCAAACCAGUGAAGUCGCCCAAGCUCUGAAGUCAAUGGGAAGUCCUAUUCCUGAUGAGUCCACAAUCAAAGCCCUCCGAUCUCAAGUUACUUUUGAAUGUCCAAAGUCCGACGACGAUGCCACUUGCAAUCUAGCUCAACAAGUCUGUCUGUUUAACAUCACAGCCGAUCCGUGUGAGAGAAAUAACCUGGCUUUCAAAUAUCCGAGUGUGAUCAAAAUGAUGGAGGAGACCCUGAACACGUUCAACGCCACAGCCAUUCCUCCUGGAAACAAGCCCAUUGAUCCGCGAGCCGACCCAAAGUUUUUUGACUACACAUGGACCAACUGGUUGGAUUUCUAUGAUCCCAAAACGAGAGAAGAAGUGCUUUUGGAGGAGAAAGAAGCUCAAAAAAUGGACGAAAGCUUGGACUGGAAAGAUAUUGACGUUCAGCAGUUUAUUUAUACCCUUGGCUUUAAUCCAGAGAGAAAAUCACGGGUUUUCAAAGAUGAGCAAGUGCAGAUCACCCAAAUUUGAAAGGAGAGUGAAUCAGUUCAAGAAUUCCAAUAAUUUGCAAUAAAGCGUCGAUCCAAUCCUGA